AGUCAGCCCAGGCAGGCAAACCCUCGCCCUGCGCUCCUUCCCGGCAUGGCCAGAGCCUCGGCGGGGCUCCGGAGCCGCAGCCGCCGCGGAGAUGCUGCUCCCGUCCAUCCCUCUGCUCCUCUGGCUCUUCCUGCUGCUCCCAGGUUCCACAGCCUCCACAAACUCCUCCAUCGAUGCUGUAACAGGUCCACCCCAGCCAACAACACACAGCCCUGAAGUGAAGAACCACACCUCAGAGCCUGCGGUAAAACCAACACCACCCACCAGCCCCAGUCCCACCUCUGCGGGUCAAACUACUACAGCCACACCCUCCACCACCACCACCACUCCAACAACACUGCCAGCCUCGACUGGGCAAGAUGAUGAGUCCAGUGGAAACAGAAGCCCAGCAGCUACUUCUCCAACACCUCAAGGUCAAGAGCCCACGAGAAGGGAGAGAACCACGACACCAGUGCCUCAAGGCGUUCCCUCCUCCCAGAGAGGCCCCUCAGAGCCUGUCACCCCCACGCUGAACUCCUCUGAGCCCACCCCGACAGACGAUGGGUCACCACUGACAGUGGCAGCUUUUGGUGUCAUCAGCUUCAUUGUUAUCCUGGUAGUGGUGGUGAUCAUCCUGGUCAGCGUGGUCAGCCUGAGGUUCAAGUGUAACCGCUCCAAGGAGGAAGACAAACAGAAACCAGGAAGCUCCAUGGUAUCAGAGAGCUGCUCAGCAGACACGAGCCAGAAGGACAACAGCAUCACUCUGAUCUCCAUGAAGAACAUCAACAUGAACAACAGCAUGAGUUACCCACCAUCAGAAAAGGUGCUAUGAAGAGCCCAGAGAAUGAAGCUGAGACAUCACAACCAGCAGUGACUUUCUAGGUUCUUUUUCUUUUUUUUUUCCUUUGUGGAAAGAGCGAGGGUGGAUUUUAUAUAUAAAUUAUUAUGUCCUUUCUGAUCAAUACAUAUAGUGUCCUACAUAGCUUCCCCACCUGGGGCCUAAGGGCUUUCUCCAGUUACAGCCUGCCAUGCUCAGUGGUUGAUAUCUAACUCUAUUUUUGAGAUGCCUUCAAACACUCAGAAUAAAUCCAGCAGCAAGAAGCACCAAGGCACCACCUACUUCACUAAUGGCCUUUACAGUCUGUGCCAGGCAGUCACGGGCUCGUUAAUCAGCGUAGCCCCACGUCAAGUCAAAGCUGCGUGUUAGGAAAGCCUGAUCUGAAGACCUGAGGAGACUUAAAUGGCCAAGUUCUAGGUCAAAUCCCAGUAUGAUACUCCAAGCCCCUUAUCCCUGGUGCCCUCAUUGUCCCCACAGUGGUGGGGAUGAUCACACCCACCUGCCUCACAGGGUUGUUGUGAGGCUACAUUAGUCCAUGUCUGUACAGCAUUUGGAGAGCCGUGAAUUAAAGGUGCUGCUGAAAUACAA